CCCGGUCAGGCAACAUUGACACCGUCGCAUAUCACUCAAUGCUCUGAACGUCCCUCCCUUCUGCAUCAACCAGCUUGGAAAUGUAAUACUGCGAACGCUUGGAACCAUAUCCACCACUCUCCCUCCCCUUCGACAUCCCCAACCCGCCUCCUUCCGCCAUGCCUUUCAACGAGUUCGCCUCUGCUGCCCGCUCCCUCUCCCUCCCCGUCGAUGACUCCGAGGACGAUCCUAUCCUACCCACACAUACUCGGCGAUCCGAACAGGGCUGGCGCAGAAGAUCACCGUCGGAUCCUGACAAUCUCAUACCAACAUCGCAGACAGCUCGCACCAAAUGGCUGCAACAGGCGGAAGACUGGCAGCGGCACGGCCUGAGGAUGUGGUCGAGGUUGACGCCCUUGCAAAAGGUUGGGCUGGUCGUGCUCAACAUCGCACUCCUCGUCCUGAGCAUACUCUUCCUGGUGUACAACGAACGCAUCUUCGCCGCCCUCGGCACCAUGGCUAAAGGAUGGCGAGACCUGACCGGCGGUUGGCUCAUUCUCUGGGCCCUGACCUUUGUUGUUUCCUUCCCGCCACUGAUCGGGUUCACUUCAUGUGUGACCAUGGCGGGCUUCGUGUACGGGAUGAAAGGCUGGUUCAUCAUCGCGAGCGCGACAGUAGUCGGAUCGACAUGCGCUUUCAUCCUCUCCCGCACCGUGCUCCGCAACUUCGUCAACCGGUUGACCGAGAAGAACAAACGAUUCGCCGCUCUGUCUCUCGUUCUCAAGCACGAUGGUCUGAAGCUCUUGACCAUGAUCAGAUACUGCCCUCUGCCUUACAGUCUCAGCAAUGGCGCCAUCAGCACGAUUCCUACGGUAACAUGGCAGAACUUCGCCCUUGCAACGGCUUUCGCAACACCGAGACUUCUCCUCCACGUGUUCGUGGGCAGUCGAUUGGGCAGUUUGGCAGAGAAUGGAGACAAGAUGGACGGCAAAACGAAAGCAGUCAGCUAUGUCAGCAUCGUAAUUGGUAUCAGUGCCGGCCUCGCGACUGGAUACGUUGUUUACGUCCGCACAAAGGCGCGAGCAAGAGAAUUGGAAGCCGAAGAAGCCGCCGCUGCAAAUGCGAUGCCUCCGCCCAACGGUGGCUUUGCGGAUGAUCCGGCCGAGCAGGAUGCUAUCGAUGUGCUCCGAAGAGGCGACGACGAUAUCAGCUUGCAUCAGGCGUACACUGAUGAUGCUGAAGCUCGCGAGUAUCGGGACGAGUUCACAGACGACGAGGAUGCGGAGGAGCAAGACGUCUUCGACAUUGGCGAUGGAGAGGGUGAGGAGGAAGAGAAUGACCGCGGAAGAUUCGGUCGAUAGCGGCGAUGGUGUUGCUACGAGCUGUGUUCAUAGCACAGGGACUUGAGAUACUAAUCAUUAGAGAUAGACGGAGGAAACGCUGCGAAUCGUUACAGCCAUUUCCAGUUUUUAGCACGCUCAUCUCCUUUCCAUACCUACGUUAUGUCUUGUCU